AUGGGUUUCUGGGACAAGAACGAGGACAACUACCAGAAGGUGUACGAGAACGACAACUUUGAGAACCACAAGUCCAGCUUUGGCCAUGAGCUGAUAGCCGGAGGCGCCGCCUUUGCUGGCUUCAAGGCGUUUGAGGACCACCAGCGCAAGGAGGGCAAGCCAGUAUCUCACGCAUUCGCCAAGGAGGUGCUCGCCGGAUUCGCCGGUGCUGAGAUCGACAAGCUUGCCGAGACAAAGGGCGAGGACUGGUUCGACCGCGAGAAGGCGAAGCACGAGGCGAAGAAGCAGGCCGAACAAAUGUACGAUGAGCACUACAUUGACAACCACGGAGCGGACCAGUUCGACCCCAACCAGUACGGCCGCCCAGCACGGUUCGAGCAGCGUGGAUGGUAG